AUUGUAAAUAAAUCCUUAUUGUCUGAAAUCGCAACACAGAAGUCAGCUUUGUGCCGGGGGGAACCUUAACCCAUUUUGGGUUUUCCACCCGGACACGUUUGCAGGGCGGACUAAGUCGAAGGCCAACGAAAUGGAAGUAAAGAAUGCCAGCGCUGCUAUGCUCAGUAACUUUGAGGUGUUCAAGCUCCUGACAGACCUGAAGGAACAAAGGAAGGACAGUGGGAGGAAUAAGCACAGCAUAGGGCAGCAAAACCUAAACACCAUCAUGUAUGAGACACUGAAGUACCUGUCAAAGACGCCCUGCAGUAGACAGAGUCCAGAGAUUGUCAAAGAGUUCCUCGUCACCAUGAUGCCUCACAAACUCACAAAGGCUGAGAAACUGCAACUAUUGAACCACCGACCAGAGACAGCAGUUGAAAUACAGCUGAUGGUAGAAGAGAGUGAAGAGCGACUAUCAGAGGAGCAGAUUGAGGAGCUCAUCCAGACGGUUGCAGGAGUCCUACCUGGUGACCCAGAGCAAGAGAACGCAGCUCCAGCAGAUGCAGAGAUGGAUGAGGCUGGUGAAUAGCUGUGACACAGAAGUGACCCUCAGGUGGUAAACCAGAGUGAAGGCUAGAAUUAUUACAGAACUGGACUGGUGGCUUUUACCUGUGCCAUUUUGCAUCACUGCUUGAACUGAGCAACAUGUUAAGGAUAGGAAUGCACAACAGCUGGUUUGUCGUGGCGAAAAGGACAUUGUUACCUCUGAAAACAUCAUUCACAUUAAGGUGACUGCAAGAAGAUGAGCAGAUUCUGACUUAUGACCAUUCUGAUGUAUGGUUUCUGACAUAAUGUUAGUCACCAGUUUAUAUGGUGCAGAGAAGAGAGGGUUUUUGCUGCUGUAUGAUUUCCAAAACUGAAAUAUAUGUCAGUAAUGCAAAUAAGAUUUCACUGGUCAGACAGUAUUAUUAGAAUGGCUGUGUAAUGACAAAGAGACCAGAAAGAUGUGAUGGUUGUCUCUGAUCUGGUACUAAAUUAUUACUGUAAUAUGAACCCUGUUUCACAGUCACAUUAUAGUGGUGUCAACAUCAGCUACUGAAAACAUUUUUUUUGCCAUCAUCCAUUAGGUUGGUGAAUCCAGCACAAAUGCAACACAUGGGUCAUUCUAUUUGCAGUAACUUGCUAGACAUUAGCUAAUCAUCCUGACAUAUUUAUAGUCAUUUAGUUCAGCACACAGGAUUUUUCUCAGAGAUGGGUUUCUGUAAACACUCAGACAUCACACAGCAUAUAAAAUGCUGACUAAUACAUAAUCCCAUAAACUCUUCAACUGCAGCUUCUUGAUCAGUUUGUGUUUUCUGUGCUGUGAUGUUUUCUUGUAGCAUAGGAAGGAUGUGUUGGUUAGACACAUACGUUUUCAUUUUUGGCUUCCUGUUAGUGUGCCUUAUCAGUUUCCUGUUCUUAAAGGCAAGAUGAAAGUCAUGGACACUGACUGUACUAGCACAUCUACAGUACGAGCCCCAAGUGAACCCCAGCCAUCAUGAACCUGGAUGUGAACAUGAGAGACACAUUUCUGAAACCCCAUCAAGGGUCCUACUCUGAAUGGAAUUAUUUAUAUUUUUGUAGAUUAAAUUCUUAUCUAAAAACAUUACUACAUAGUGAAGUUUAAUUUGCACCCAAGAUCUUUAAAUGCAGCCUACAUUUUCCAAGGAUUGAUGACCAUCUUGGCCAAGUAGGUAACUAAUCCACAAACUCCAGGGAGUCUGAAAGGACCGGGCUUAGUGUAUGCCAAUUUGUUUGUGCUAAUUUACUUGAAAAUUUGUUUGGGCAUAUGGUAUGUGCCACUAUACCAUUUAUCAACUGACAUGAUGAAAGAUUUAGAUCUACUCUGUUAUUCUGGGAACUAAUUAGGCCACAUAUUUGUAUGUCUUCUGGCUCAAUAUACACCUUGUUCCUCAGCCUGAGUCCAGCCCACAUUGUGUUAGAUGCUUCUUUCACAUCUGGAUCAAUUGUGAUGCACCCCCAGAUAAUCUCUCCAGAUGUCCACCAGCAGUGGAAGCUUAGAGCCAAGCUCAGCUCCAAUGUGGAACUGUGUGGGCUGGACAUACUGUACAUUGGACCAGAUUUUUAUUGC